UUUUACAAAAGACAUCAAAAUGAAAUUCUUCAUUGCCUCUUUGUUUGCCGUUUUGGCCGCCGUCCAAGCCGGAGUCCUUGUAGCUCCAACAGGUAAUGUCCUUCAAGGACCCAGCUCCAGGACCACCGUUGUAGGUCCAGACGGCAGUGCCAUCUCCGCCGUAGCUCCGGGUGGUCAAAUCGUAACCGACGAGAGCGUUGGAGUCGUUGCCCGAACUGCACCAGUAGUAGCCUCACCAGUUUUGGCUCACUCCGCCCCAAUUUUGGCCCAAUCUGCUCCACUCGUAGCUGCCGCUCCCUUAGGAGUUGACACCGUUGUUUCUGGACCAUCUGGAGUCGUUGCCGCCAGCAGAGGUUUGGCCGCCCCAUGGGGUCUAUCUCCACUUGCCGCCGUACACGGUGGACUCAUUCUUUAAAUUCGAUUGUUGGUUGUGUAAAUAAAAUUGUGUACAGACUAAU